AUGUGGGUGGAGCGGAUGAUCCGCGAGAACGGGCACAUCUUCACGGACGCCCAGUGCAAGGUGUGCAGCGCGCUGCUCAUCUCCGAGUCCCAGAGGCUCGCCCACUACCAGAGUAAGAAGCACGCAAACAAAGUCAGGCGGUAUUUGUCUAUCCAUGGUGAAGAGGAGCUUGCACAUGGGAAGAAAAUGAAGCUGGAUGCUAAGCAGGAGAGCAAGCAGGAGAGCAGCAAUGGGGACGACAGGAACAAGUGCUGUCCCAUCUGCAACAUGACCUUUUCCUCUCCGGCUGUGGCAACCUCUCAUUACUUGGGCAAAACUCACGCCAAGAAUGUGAAGCAGCAGUCCCCCAAAGUGGAAGAAGUGGUGCCCUCCCAGAAACAUCCUGCUGCCCUCCCUGCUUCUACUGUGUCCUCCAACCAAGAGAACAAGGACAUUACUGACCCAGACAAGUUCUGUAGUCUCUGCCAUGCUACUUUCAACAACCCCCUCAUGGCAAAACAGCAUUAUGUGGGCAAGAAGCACAGAAAACAAGAGACCAAACACAAGCUGAUGGCACACUAUGGCCGAACCCCUGAUGCAUCAGCGUCGUCCUUCAUGGCUGGGAAGGGCUACCCCUGCACCACAUGUAACAUAGUACUGAACUCCAUAGAGCAGUACCAAGCUCACAUCAGUGGCUUCAAACACAAGAAUCAGAUACCAGGAGCAGUGCCGCUUGUAGGAGCGUUCCCACCGCAGCAGUACGUUCGGGAAGAGUCAACUGCCCCAGGAGGCUACAGUUAUUUCAGCCAAGACUUCUAGAGCAAGUUGCAGCACUGUUCUUGGAGUUGUUGGUGGCUCAAGAACACACGUCCUUUGCCAGCCCACAAUGGUUUCAUUAUCCCCUUGGAUAAGCAAAGCCCUGCCCUCCUGUAUGCGCCCAUUGAGCAGAACAGAACGGGGGCUGAAUCUUGCAGAAAAAGGAUCCAGCUGGAAAAGACUUGCUAGACAGCAAAUACUUCACUCCCUUAGAGUA